AAAAACGCUGUGGUAACAGCUACAGUACGAAACAACUUUUAACUGAAAUAUUUACAAGAUCCUGAAAUAAGAGCGAGAUAAAUAGUAUAGGAUGUUACAUCCUGGUGUUAAAUAACUUGCAUCCCAUAGCUAAAUAACUUCAUAACAGAUACAGUAUAUAAAACCAUAGCUGUUGAAGCUAGGAUAGAGGAUCUUUCUGAAUUGAAAAGUGGUGUCCGUCAAUUCAUAAAGAUCCAGGAUUGACUCUGUAACCGUAACCACAGCAAUAGAUAACUUGUUCAAAGUUACUUGAUGCAAGUUCAGUUGAACUUAUUUAAAAUGCGUUUCCCGAGCAAGUGACGUAAGAGAAAAUAUCAAAUAUCAACAGUCAUUCAAUUUCCAUCGUAAAAGACAAGCUUUCAGACGGAUAACGUAUUUGAUGAUUAUACCCGUUUAUUUAUUUAUCUAUUAUCCAAUCAUUGAAAUAAUAACUGAUGUUAAAUAGACACACUAAUUAUAAGAUGUCGUCUGCAUUCAGCUAACAGAUGUGAAUGAAAUAUAUUUAUUAUUGACGAACUAUGAAUAACACACAACGUUUCCUUUAUACACAAGCAACUCGCCCGCUAAUUUCAGGCUGUGUAGAAAAAUCUGAGAAAGACCCUAAAAUAAUCGACUACAAAAAUGUUUUCCUACGUCCAACAUUCAAGGAAAGUAUUGUGUGUGAAGCAUAUGACAUGAAAAUUCCAGCUUAUACUGUAGAGGUUGAUUCAGAUAGUUUCUGGAAAUUCUUAUAUUCUAACCAAUGGAAAGAUUGCUGUAUGAUACGUGUAAAGCCUGGCUUUCUGAAUACCGAUUUGACCACGACAUUAGCAAGUUUAUUGAAGAACAAAAAAAUAUCAAGUCAUAAAACUGUUGGCUUUAUUAAAUUUAGAUCAAGCGAUAUUAAGGAAGUGAAGCCACAGAAAUAUGGAACAAUACGUUUAGAAUUUACAUAUUUUGGCAGAAAUACCCAAUACGUCGGAAGGAGUAAAUCAGAAGAAUUUAGAAAAGAGCAUUACACAGCGAAAAAAACCAAAAGUUUAAAAUCUAGGCUGGAAAGUAACCUCACAUAUCAGCUACAAAGACAGCGAGAAAUUAUACAGAAUAGAAUAAAAUUAAGUGAAUUUUCGGAAUACGAUAAAAUUAAAUCAAUCAGAUUAAUUAAUGCUAAUCUCUCACAUUUUCAUUGUUCUGAGCCAAUUAACCUUCGAGAUGUUUUAGACACUGGUGAUUCACCAAAGGAAAAAUUGGCAUCAGUUUUCAAGCCAACUGCUACUACUGUUCAGAAGACCAUCAAAAGUCAACCAAUUCUUCAGCGUCCAAAGCAUACCCGUGAAACGAAGGGCAAGGGUAAAGACCCACAACACGAUGAAAGCUUGUUUAAUCAAACAUAUUUACAACCAAUAAGUAGCCACAAUAUGUCUUUUAAAAUUCUAGGAAGCAUAAUUCGACACGAGGAUAAACAAAAGACUCUUGGCUAUAAAGUACGAAUGUCUAAACUAUUUCUUAGUGAUAAACUCCUUAAUAAAACCCAUAACAUGUUAGAGAAGACUGUCUUAGAUGCUGAGCUGAGACCCAAACACAAAUCUGUUGAUCUUCCAACGGAAACUAAGAUUGUUGAAAGUGUGGGCUCCACCAUCAGCUAUAGCAAGUGGAAAAACUUUUCUGAACUGGUUUAUGGCAUCGUAGGCAGUCAAGAACUCCUUCGUACAUUACUAAACAGUCAUCCAGAGUGUCCAAAAACGAAAUACAAAAAACUGCAUGCUAGACUCAGCGAACGUGGAAAAUUGGACAGAAUAUUUAGGAGAAGAGGCCGAACUAGAUGCUUAAAAUGGAUGAAACAUCAAACUCUAAAGGCAGAUGAUGAAAUGAUGGAUGAAAAAGAUGAAACAGAGGAGAUCUUUGAGAUUUAUAAAGCAUCAAACAUUCUGUCAACACAACAUAAUAUUAAGGAAAUUCAGAUUAUCCAGGAAAAAUUACUGGAGUCCCUCGGACGCUUCGUUGUCCGGCAGGAACUGUUGUGUUUCAGCAAUGGGUUUAGUACUAUAAGAACGCUUGUUUUCAUCAGACCAUCUCUUUUCAUGGAAGUGUACUUUUGAUGAAUGAGGAAUGAAUGAUUAGAUAAUAAGGCCAUAAUAUAUAUACAUGUAUGUGUGAGUAUAUAUAUUAUGCAUGUAUAUAUAUAUAUAUAUAUGUGUAUAAUAUAUAUAUAUGUAUUGUGUAUGUAUAUAUAUAUAUAUAUGUGUGUGUGUGUGUGUACUGUGUAUGCAUAUAUAAUUUAUAUAAAAUAUAUAUAGGCAUAUAAUAUAUAUAUAUGCAUAUACAUAUACAUAUUAUAUAUAUAUGUUUUAUUUGUGUAUGUAUGUGUUUUUGUAUGUUAUAUUUCUAAAAUAUGCAUUUAUGUACAUAUACAUGUGUGUGUGUAUAUAUAUACUUCUUUAAUUCUUUAAAAUGUUUCAGCUUAUAAGCUGUGGUCAUAUAAAUAUAUUAUACUACAUAUAUAUAUUCUACACUAUAUAUAUAUAUAUAUACAUAUAAAUAUAUAUAUAUAUAUUAUACAUCAUCAUCAUCAUCGUUUAACGUCCGCUUUCCAUGCUAGCAUGGGUUUGACGAUUUGACUGAGGACUGGUGAAACCGGAUGGCAACACCAGGCUCCAGUCUGAUUUGGCAGAGUUUCUACAGCUGGAUGCCCUUCCUAACGCCAACCACUCUAUAUUAUACAAUAUAUAUAUAUAUAUGUAUCUAUAUUAUACAAUGUAUAUAUAUAUAUAUAUAUCUAUAUCU